CGUUUCUCUCAAUCGGCAGCGACUCUCUGAGACAACUUUCGAUCUUCUUCUUCUUCUUGUUGUUUCGAUAGAUCAAGAGAAUCGGAGAUGGCAUCGACUGCGGCGGUUCCGUUCUGGAGAGCGGCGGGGAUGACGUAUAUAACGUACUCAAACAUCUGCGCGAAUCUGGUCAGGAACUGUCUGAAAGAACCGUUCAAGGCUGAAUCCAUGAGCCGCGAGAAGGUUCACUUCUCCCUCUCCAAAUGGGCCGAUGGAAAGCCCCAAAAACCAGUUUUGCGGUCAGACGCACCUCAAGUUUGAGGCUUUUGAUCAAGAUAUGGUUUCUGAAUGGAUAAAAGGGAUGCUGUAACGUCUCUCUCUCUCUUUGGAUAUUUUGUUUCCUUUUUGUUGUAUUCGAUGAAAGAUUGAUACUUGCCAAUCACUAAUGAAAAACAUGGAGCUUCUUCUGUUUCUUGCUUAAGACGAAUUGUUUUUUUUUUUGUGGAUUUCUUGAGUUGUAUCU